AUUAGCGGCAAUAUUAAUCGAUUAAGAUAGGACUGCAUCAAAAUUAAAAAGUUAUCAUAUUACAUUUCUGAUUCAUCAUGAGUUCAUCAUGACUUACUGACUACUGGUUAAUUUAAACGUUGUCGAUAAUGCGAAGUUGAAAAGGUAAGGUGAUUUAAAUGCAAGGUAACAUUGUUUUUAUAUUAAGCUUUGGUAGUAAUUCAUCGCACUUUUUCAUUUUUGCAUAUAAAUGUUUCUAAUUUGUUAUAUUAUAUCGUCUGAAACUCAAUAAAACACUUUUCAUCUAAACAAUGAAAUGAUAAAUAUUCCACUUUUAAAAUACAUUUGCAACAUAUUUAAACACAGAGGAUUUAGCAAUUAGAAAAAGAGUGAUCUCAAUACAGGUCUUUACUAUAGAAAGAUUUAAGAUGGGGAUCAAUGCGCUAUGUGCUGUCGUAAUCUUAACAAUUAUACAAAUUUUGGACAGAUCUGAAGCUGGUAAUUGUCCUAACUUACAACAAAAACUUAAAGCAGCACAAGCUGAACUGGAACGAUUAAAGAACACGGGGCAAUGUCAAUGUAACUGUGAAGGCCUUAUCCCAGGGCCUGCAGGAGCACAAGGAGAACCAGGGCCUGCAGGAGCACCAGGGCCUGCAGGAGCAUCAGGACCUGCGGGAACACAAGGGGAACCAGGGCCUGCAGGAGCAUCAGGACCUGCAGGAGCACAAGGAGAACAAGGGCCUGCAGGAGCCCCAGGACCUGCGGGAACACAAGGGGAACCAGGGCCUGCAGGAGCACCAGGACCUGCAGGAGCACAAGGAGAACAAGGGCCUGCGGGAGUAAAAGGAGAAAAAGGGCUUGCAGGAGCACAAGGGCCUCCUGGUCCAGCUGGGCCACCAGGUGUUGGUUUACAUCGUCCAAUGGACUGCCCAGAAGGGUUCACGAAAAAUGAACAGUUAAAAUCGUGUUAUAAGUUUAUUACAGACACAAAGUUGAAUUGGUUUGAUGCCCUCAGUUUCUGCCAAUCUCUACAGGCAAACCUUGUUGCUAUAGACACUGAAGAGGAACAAGCAUAUCUUGCUGACAAAAUCACAAAUGGUGCUAAACCCAAAGAAUGGUUUUGGACUGGUGGCAAUGAGCUUUGUGGUACGUGGAAGUGGGUAGGGGGGCCAAGCUGGACAACCAAAAACGUCUCUCUAUAUCUGAACUGGGACAGUACACAGCCGCAAGAUAAUGAUGAGAGGUGCCUAGGUCUGUUGCAUUAUUCUGCUUACAAAUGGUAUGACACUAACUGCGAAACAAGAGCCGCCAACUUUAUUUGUGAGAUAAACUUGUCAUAAACUUUUUUAUUGAAUUUUUUAAAUCUUCAGACAUUUGAUGUUUCUAAUCCAGAUUGUAUUUACUGACAAUGGAUUCAAUAUUCUACAUACCAAAUUUAUCUUUUCUGUUAGAACUACAGUAUCUUCCAGAGGAUGAAUAUAUGUAUGGUAAAUGAAUAUGGUUGCAACUAUUCCCUUAAAUGCCCACCUGGCAAACUUAUAACAAUACAGGCCAUCUGCUCUCUUAAAAUCAUAUCAAUUGACAAAAUCUAUUUGCAUGCGACAAAGGGUCAUAAGACUAUAAAGCUGGUGAAAUUUUUAUGUUGAAAAAACCACUUAUGAUUUAUCAGGGUACGAACAAAAGAUUUCAUAAAAUGUGACUGUCAUUUUAAAAGCAGGUGCCAUUUUGAAUAAAGUGGUGUACUAUGUACAUUUAAACAUAAAAUUUACCAAACACGAACAUUAUUAGUCCAGGGAUAUACUAGAUACUGAUUUAUUAUGUAUAUAGAGACCAAUCUUGAAGACUUGACUAUUUUUCACUCAAACUUCAUUCAAUUUGAAAACAAAGAUGGCACUGCAUACCUCUUUCCCAGGGUACUCCUUGAUGACCUUUCGCAGUUCUUGUUUGUUGAAUGCCAGCUGGUAGCCUACCUCCUCUGCCUUGACACCUGCUGCCACACGAUUCUCUAUACCAUCAAAGAAUAACUGAAAGACAAUGUCCACCAAUAAUGUGACAUAACAAUAACAUGGUAACAAUAUGACAAGUUCUUAAUUGAAACUUACUAAGUCAACUUUUCAAAUUUCAGUUUUGAACUAUAAACAGCAAUUUUUUCAAGCUUGGAUAUUAAGGAAAAUUCGAUGGAGCAAGAUACAGAUC